AUGGGAUGUACACCUUCCCACAGUGAUCUUGUUAACAGUGUUGCCAAGAGUGGCAUCCAGUUUUUUAAAAACCCCAAAGCAAUUCUGCCAGGACAUCAGAGGGCCAGUGAAAGAGGCUCCCUCCCUUUGCUGGUUCAAAGUUCCACCUGCUAUGACCCAGGAGGGGGCUCGUCCCAGGCACAGCAGGCAGAAGAAGAACAGCCUAGUCCCAGGUGGACCCAGACUGUGGCUGACAGUCUCUGUCAGCUCACCAGGGAUCCCACUGCAGGCAAAGCAAAAGAUAUGGAGAGACUGAUCCCAAAAACCAAAACCUCCCCAUCCCAACUGAACAAAUCACAAAGCUGCAUGGCUACGGACAUUCCCUUCAAGAGACAGAGCUCCCGUGGGUCACAAGGGGCAGCCUUUUCCGAGGAAGAGAGUGAAGAAAGUAACACCCAGGAGACUUCCAAAUGGGCAAAGAGACCAAAAUGUCACAGGUCGAGCAAACAGGGCCAUUACCACCAAACCAUCCUUCCCGCCCACGAGUCUAAAGACAAGGUGGACUUCCCUGAGCCCCUGGUGAAGGCCCACCAGCGCACUUACACCUAUCUGCAUGCCUGCCUCUCUAAAUAUGAAGCAGUUCUGAGCAUCAUCCAUCGGGCCACCCAGACCCACGAGCUGCUGCAGCCCAUGGUCAGCUUCCUGAUGCUGUGUUUCGACGAGGUCAACCAGCUCUUGGGAGAGAUCUCCAAGGAUGGGGAAGAGCUCCUCCAGGAGGUUCGGGAGGAUCUGGCUUGGCCGUUGAAGAAAGGAGAGCCCCAGGAGCAGCCAGAUCUCCUGCAGCAGCUUCUGCAGUACACAGUCAGCAAGCUACAGGAGCUCAGCCGCACGGCGGCCUUGCUCACCAGCAGCCUCCUGGAGGGCUCUGGCAGCUACCUCCACGCCACUGCAGGCCACCUGGAGAACAAGCUGAGCACAAAGAGAGGCGCGGAUGAACGCCUCCUCAGGACUCUGGGGCACCUGGAGAGCUUGGCGAGCAGCCACAGCGACCCCGAAGCGUGGGGUCUACCCCUGUGCUCUGAGGACAGUGGCAUCGGUGCGGACAGUGAGUCCCUGCAGCUGGCAGACAAGCUGAGCAAGCAAGCCAGCUGUGACUUAGUGCCGGAGGCUGCAGAGUGGAGGCCGGUGACUUCACCCACAGUGGAGGCCAGGCUGUCAGGACACACCUGGCAGCGAAGUCCAUUCCGGAUGGGUUUAGACGGACCCCAGGACUACCCACUCUCAAGGCCUCUCACAGCUAAGGUUCAUCCAACAGUGCAGGGUGGAUCAGGGAGCCCCGGGCCCUCCAUUGCAGGCCCAGAAAAUACUGCCUCCAGGCCUUGGGGGCUGGGCCAAAGUACUCCAUGUGGUCCCCCUGGGAUGGGGACUUCCGGUGAAGCACACCUUUCUAAAGGCUCUAGGUGCAUGGGCACUCCAUCCCUCAGUGAAGGUGAGGACAGCAGCUCAGAGGAGGAGGAGGACAAAGGGAGCUGCACGAGUCCAUGUACCUGGCAGGAAAACGCUUCCCAUCCAAGGCCACGGUCUUCACCUGCCAGUGCCGAAAGCCCAUUUCAGCCACACCCCCGGAGGCUCAGGAGCCCCCAGGCCCGGGAAAUGGUUCUGAAGAUGAAGGAAGCGAUCAGUGAAAGGAUCAAGUUUGUUCCUGUGCCCUCUGAGCACCAGGACUGGAUGGAGGAAGAGGAUAGGACCACAGUGCCCCCGAGACCCAGCACAGCCAGCGGCAGCAGGAGGGCCCCCUUGAGGCAGAGGAGGUCCCAGUCCGAGGGGUGUCUAGAGAGCCACACGGAGGAUCACACCCUCCAGGAGCUACGGAGGGUCCAGAGGGACCUCAGCCAGAGGCUGGAGGCAUUUUACAUUGCCCGAUGGCAGGGGCAGAGCCAAGAGCCAGUCACGCAGCCCAGAGCUGCAAUGUUGAGACCCGACAACCGCUGCCGGGUGGUCCCAAGCAGCGCCAUCAGCAAGCUAAAGUCAUCCCUCACCAAGAACUUCAGCAUUUUGCCAAGUCAGGACAAGAGCAUCCUCCAGAAGUGCUGCUCCCGCCCUGAGGGAGAACAGCCUGAGCAGGGAAAAACUGAGGAGCUCCCAAACAUCAUCCCACCAGGAGAGAGGGCCGGUGAGGCUCCAGGGGUCAGGGACCAGACCAUCAAGAGCUGCCCCACCAGAACAUCAGUCAAGAAACUCAUUGAAACCUUCAGUCCCACAGAGAGUCUAAGGAUGCUGGGGGAUUCUCGGGACUCGGGGCCGAGCCCCUGCCCCAAGAAGUGGGGGGUCCCCACCAUGCCUCCCAGAUUCCCCAUUUACAGAGGGCUGGCCCCGUUGUACCCAAAGCCUCGGAUUUCUCCAGCAGCGGGUGGAGAAUCUCUCAGAAUGGGUCCAGGCUGGAGGCCCUUAGCUCCUACUUUUCCCCCUCUGCUCACAGCUGAAGCAGCCGAGAGUGAGGACCUCAACUGGGAAACAGAGGAGAACCCAGAGGAUCUCCCUCCACCACCUCUGGAAAUUCUGAUGGACCAAUCUUUCACUUCCCUGGGGCCCCCGGAGAGUGGCAAGCGGGCAGAGAGCCCCCUUGAACAGACCCACGUGCCAGGGCUGGGAGGGACUGGCUCUGCCCGGGGAACGUGGGCUUCCCCAAGGCUAAGAGCCUCCAUGAGCCCCACUGACUUGCUGCCCAGCAAGAGCACCACCACCCUCACCAGGGCCCGCAGCGGAGAGCCAGGGAACAGCAAGGGCAGCUGCAAUACCGGAAAGCUCGCCUUGGACUUCAACCACCCACCAGCAGCUAGCGGAAACGCAGAGGUGCAGGGCAGCAGGGCACAGAGUCAGGUACGGGCAGACAGGGCCUCAGGCUUCUCCAAGCCUCCCCGGAAGGUCAUCCACUGGCUGCAUUCCAGCCACACAUCCGGGCAGAGCAGGAUCUCAGAACCCAGCCUGAGCAGGCCAAUGCGGGGACCACAUUCUCCUGAGGCCCCAAGGCAGACCCAAGGCCGAAGCCCCGUGCUGGUCAGGAAGGCCUCUCCCACCAGGGCGCACUGGACGCCGAGAGUGGACAAGAGGCACUCGGGCCUGUCCUCCACUCACAGGUCUGCCCAGCCAAGUGCACCCUGUGUGCAUGGAUCCCCUAGCCCACCCCUCAGCCCUCCAGUGAGUCCCAGGGUGCUAAGCCCCCCAACAGUGAAGAAACGAGCUUCCCCUCCUCUCCAGCCCAAGCUGCCCAGCCCUCCCUCAGCAAGCCCACUCGCUCAGCACAAGAUCUCCAGUCCCCCUACCCAGUGCACAGAAGCCGGGUCCCUGGCCUCUGGCCCCUCCCCGUCUCCCCCAGCGUCUCCCAGUCAGGGGCCCAAGGAAACACGAGAUUCUGAAGACAGUCGGGCAGCCACAGCAUCUGGAAACACACGUUCCAUUUUCUGCCCAGCCACCUCCUCUCUGUUUGAAGCUAAACUACCACUCUCAACAGUACAUCCACUCACCCGACCAUCGUUGCCCGCUGAAGCUGGGGGUCCUCUUGAGACCCCCACAGAAGGCUGGAGGGGCAGCUCAGGGCCGCGAAUGAGGGCGAAUUCACAGCGAGGGACAACGCUGUGUGCCCUGAAUCCUCAACCUUUCAUCCGAAGGACAGCCUCUGACCCCCGGCCGGGCGUCCGCCUUCACCUGCCUGUCCCAGAUGCCACCAGCAGUGCUUGUGAAUCCCAGCAUGGCCAGAGCAGCGGCAGCGAGGAGAGCCCCGAGGACCCAGGGCCAUGGAACAGCCCCUGUGGCCUAGAACUGAAGGGCAGCGGCAGGGGUGCGCCAUGCCCAGAGCUCUGUGUGCUGGGCCACGGGCUGCAGCGAGAGACCAGCGCGGGCCAUGCCCAGGACAAGUCCCAGCAGAAGGAAGUCACCUGA